AUGAACGACCUUAUCAAGGCAAUCAUUAUCAGCGCAUCUGGAUACGGCGCCUUUCUGGCACUCGGCGUCGGGUGUCUGAUCUGGUACAACAUAUGGAACCGUAGGAAGAUGGAGGAAGAGUUCUCGGGUUUCCUAGAAAACGAAGAGUCUCAGGAAAAGUUGAUUGUGACUUCUUGGUUGACUUCGUCGAGCGGCCUGUCCUUUGCUACAAGCCAGGAGGGCAGAGCAUCUUCCGUACCAUCAUUGUCCGAGAGUGCGAUCAAUGACGUCUACCAGGGGCGAAGACAAUCCACCAAAUCAAUGUUGUCAACUCAAACAACGUCGGACGACGGCGAUAUUGGGGCUCGUGGCAUCUACAUGCAUAAAGAGCUGGGCCGAACGAUGUCAACGCUGGUGGAAGACGAUGACGAGAGCAAGAUUGGGCUGGCCCAUGGUGGGGACGAAUCGACGCGUAAUCAGCGCAACCGGCGAAGCAGGAGUGUGGACUCUCGAGAAUCGUGGGAGCUGUAG